AUGGAACAAGCUUCAGUAUCGCCAGUAUCUAACUAUUUCCAUGAGUUCGAUCCUCUUAAGUGGUCGCUUAUUGACUUUUUGAAUUGGAGAUUAGAAGCCUCGGAUUUUUUAAUCCAAGACAAAGAGCACGGUACGUUCAGAUAUUCUGUCGAGAAAAUUGCAAAUGGUUGGGAGGAUGAAAUUUGUGUGCAAAAGGCACAAGAGAUACUCGAUAAUUGGACGGUGGGUAUUUUUUAUGUUUCAUUAGCUCAUUUGACGGGCCAUGUGUCCUUGAGUCACCUGGUGUUGGGCCUUGAGCUCGUUGCAAGCAUUAAAUGUUCUUCGGAAGUUACAAAGUUCUGGAAUGAUCGCAAUAUUCAAGAUCUACGUGAAAAAAUACAGCAAGUUCAGACUCAUAAUGAACUGAAAUUAUUUCAAAUUGAAUCUGAAGACUUAAAUUAUGCUCUUGACCGAAGUAAAAACUUUAAUUUCAAUGCACUUGAAAAUAGAAGAAAGACUGUGUUGGAAAAGGACAUGUCGUCAUCAUCAUCAGGAGUACCAUCAUCGCACAGUUCGUGUUCAUCAACAUCUGGUCCGUCUGCCAAACCUCAUCGUAAAGAAAGUAAUAAAAUAUUUAUAGAUAUCGAAAAGCCUCAUAAAAUUCUCUACUCAUGGAAAGACGCGAUUGGUAAUAUUGAUUUUAGAGAAGUUUCUAAAAAGGAUUGGAUUUUCGAAAACUACAACCUCUCCAAUGAGUUUCGAAAUUUCCAACAACUAACAAUCAAACAGGUCGAGGAAAACCCGUAUUUAUGCUAUAAAGAGGACAUUAAUAAAAUACUAUGCUUGUCAAAUAUAAUGCUGGUUGAACAAAAAAAACCAUCGUAUUUGACUUGCGAUCAGGCGAUUUGGAACACAAUUUGUCGAAGACAAACAUCUCCGGUUCUGUCAUUAGUAAUUAUGAAUGUAAUUCAAGAAUAUUCUUCGUUGUUAAAUUGUUUCGCAUCACUAGACGAAAUUGAAGAUAGCUGGUGUGCAAAUUUCGCAAAAGUCACAGAGUUAAAUAAAGAGGAUAGGGCGAAUUUUUGCAAAUGCCAAAUUAUUUUACGAAACUUUUUCCUGCUAGGUUCUAUUAAUAAAGAUAACGAAGAUACUUUUGUACACAGCACUUUACAUGACUUAAUAAAUGAGGUGUUUCGUGACCCAUUGUUGGAAUUAGUAUGGGCAAAUAGCGAGAGUACUGCAUCGAAAAGGCAACGUUCCAAUGAUAAGGAAAACACAGUCAAAGGUAACAAACCCGAUUUUAAGAUUCUGAACAAUGCUAGAGAUGAAAUUCUCUUUGGUGAAGUAAAACCAAAGGACUCAUCAUCUGUAUUGGUGAAAAAAGAUUUCAUCAAACUCGGCGACUUCCAAGUGGUUACUUUGAACGAAAUAAUCAAGAAAUACGGAAAUAAGAAUGGCUUGAUUUCUUUUGGCAUAUGGGUUACUGGUGCGCGUAUUCGUUUUUACGAAAUGGAUUUGAAUUAUGACGGUAUAUAUAGGAUGAUCUUAGUUGCAAAUGUAGUUAUCCCGACGGAACGGGCACAAUUCUUAAACUUGGUGACAGUUUUAGAAGCAUUUUUUAAUAUCAAA